GUUAACCAAUUGCAGAUAUAUAGAUUAAUAAAAAAUUACUUAUUGCAAAAGCAUUUGUUAAACCAUUGAUACUUAUAUAGAGAUAUAGGAGAUUAUCCGAUUGAAAAAAAAAUUAUUAAUAAAUUGGGUUAAUGCUGUCGCUUUACAUUGGUGUGUAUAAGGCAUUAUAUGAGUACACAGCUCAAGCCGACGAAGAAUUAACCCUUCAACCGGAUGAUAUUUUAUAUUUGUUAGAAAAAUCUGAAAUUGAUGAAUGGUGGAAAGUUAAAAAGAGAGUUUUACCUGUAGGAGAUGAAGAAGUUGAUGAACCAGUUGGUUUAGUACCAUCAAAUUAUAUUGAACUGGCACCUAUAUUAAAGACUGCAACAGCCGUUUUCGAUUAUGAUAAACAAACUGAAGAAGAAUUAUCAUUUACUGAGGGUGAAAAAUUCAAUGUUUAUGAUUUAAAUGAUCCUGAUUGGAUAUUGGUAGGUAAUAUUGCUCAAACUCAAUUUGGAUUUAUUCCUUCAAAUUAUAUUGAACUUGAUAGUGGAGCUACUACAAGUUCAAUUCCAGUUCCUUCACAAUCUCAGCCAUUGCAACCUCAACUUCCUAUUUCUGCAUUUGCACCUCCUCCACUUCAUAGAGAUAGAUCUGAAUCUGCACCACCAGAACCAGUUGCACAAGCAGUUUCUGAACCAGCUGCCGCAAUUAACUACUCAUAUGAACCAAGUCCACAAAAGCUUCCUCAAAGACAAGAACAAUAUUCUAAUCAUUAUGAAGAAGAAGAAGCUCCACCUAUGCCAUCAAGACCAGGAACUUCAAGUAAUCUUUCUCCAGUUGUUAAUCUUAAUAAACCUCAACCUGAACUUCCAAUUAAUGAAUCACCUGGUACAAGAAGUGGAGGUGAAAAAGUAGAAGAUUUACAUCAAGAACAUAGUUUUGAUGGUGAAUUUUUUACUUGGUAUAUUGAUGAAGUUGAUGGUCGUAAGAAGAAACCAGUUGUCUUUUCUAUAGGUCAAGGUUUAGUUAUUAUUAGACCCAAUAAUAAAGAUAAUGAUAAUCAAUGGAGACUUAAAGAUUUAAUUGACUUUAAUCAAGAAAAGAAACAUGUAUUUUUAGAUUUAAAGAAUCCAAAAGUUUCAAUUGAAUUGCAUUGUGGAACUAGAGAUGUUGCCGAAGCAAUUUCUUCUAUUUUAGGUGAUUUGAAAGGUGCUGAGCAUGCUAAAGGAUUAAAAGAAAUUGCUAAGGCUUCUCAAGCAACUACCAAUGAAAAGAAUAAAAAAAUUGGUAGAUUAAUAUAUGAUUUUGAAGCUCAAGGUCGUGAUGAAUUAAUGAGUAGAGAAGGUGAUGAAGUAUAUAUUGUUGAUGAAAGUAAAUCUAAAGAUUGGUGGUAUUGUGAAAAUAUUGAAACAGGAAAGCAAGGAGUUAUUCCAUCAGCUUAUAUUGAAAUAAUUGGUACAUCUAAUUUAGAUAAAUUAACUGAUGGAGUUAUAAGACAAAAAUCAACAAAAUCUAGUAAAGGUAAAUUAGUUGAAAAUAAUGGUAAAUCAAGUGAUAAGAAAAGUCAUCAUCAUCGUUCAAGAGAUGAAAGAGAAAGAAUUAGAGAAAAGGAUAAAGCUCAAAGAGAUAAGAAACUUGAUUCUCCAUCUAAAAAGGAUGAUAAAUCUGGACCUAAUUUACAUAGAGUUAGAACUUGGAUUGAUAGUUCAGGAUCCUUUAAAGUUGAAGCUGAAUUUUUAGGAUGUAUUGAAGGUAAAAUUCAUUUACAUAAGACGAAUGGUGUUAAAAUUGCUGUUGCUGCUACUAAAUUAUCAGUAGAAGAUUUAGAAUAUGUUGAAAAAGUUACGGGAACCUCAUUGAAGGAUUACAUAGAAGAAGUUGAAAAGCAGCAACAAAAGAGAGCAAAAGCAGCAGCAGCUAAACAACAAUCUCAAUCUCAAUCUCAAUCGCAAUCUCAUACAUCAUCAUCUGGUUCAGGAGCUACUGCAGUUCAAAAGACUCAUUCUGCUACUGCAACUAUUAAUGAUAUUCCACCACCUCAACCAGCUAGACCCAAGACAACUACUAAACUUACUACAUCUGAACCUGAUUAUGAUUGGUUUGAAUUCUUCCUUCAAUGUGGAGUUGAUAUUGGUAAUUGUCAACGUUAUUCUCUUAAUUUCGGUCGUGAACAAAUGGAUGAAAAUAUUCUUGAAGAUAUUUCUCCUACUUUAUUACGUACAUUAGGAUUAAGAGAAGGUGAUAUAAUAAGAGUUAUGAAAUUUUUGGAUAAUAAAUUUGAUAGAAAGAAGUCAACUACUGAUGGUGGUUCUACACCUUCUGGAAGUUUAUUUGUUGAUCCUAAUGGUGCAUUAAAGAAUAAUAAUUCAUCGACUGAUAUUCCAAAAGUUAGUGCUGAUUCAUUACCUUCAGCUUCAGCUACUAAAGUUAAUAAUCCAGAACCUCCAAAGAUUGAUCAUCUUACAACAACAAGUAAAUUUGAAGAUGAUGCUUGGGCUGUAAAACCAGCAGCUAGAUCUAGUGAAGAUCUUCUGAAACCAAGUUCUCAACCUCAAACUCCUCAAUAUACCGGUGCUUUACAAGAUUUAGUUGAUAUUAAACCAGCAGGAUCUAGUACAAAUAUUGUCAAAUCAGUUCCAGCUCCAACUCCAUCAAUUCAACAAGGUCCAUCAGCUCCAGCUCUUACCCCUGUUAAAACUGGUACACUUAUUCAACCAGGUCAACAAUUUACUAUUCAAAAAACUAAUAAUAUUGUUGCUCCUCAAGUUACUGGAGGUCUUGUACCUGUUCAAAAGACUGGAUUAAUUCCAAUUCCAACAGGAGGUAUUUUGGCUUCUCAACCUACUGGAUUUAUGCCAAUUACAGCUCAACCAACAGGAUUUUUACCAAUUCAACAAACUGGUUUACAACCUCAACUUACUUUUGGUAUAGUUCCACUUCAAACUGGUGGUACAACUUUUAAUGUUCAAAAGACUGGAGGUAUAUUACCACCUCAAUUAACUGGAGGAAUUCCAAUAACAUCAUUUAAUCAAGCUCCUCCAUCUUUUGUACCAGCUCAAUUAACUGGUGGCUUACCUCCAACCUCUUUUGGUCAAGUACCAGCUCAAAGAACCGGUGGUGGAUUACCACCAACUACUUUUGGACAAGUUCCUGCUCAAAGGACUGGAGGUUUUGUCCCUCAAUCUGCUUUUGGUCAACAAAUUACUGGAGGUUUUGUCCAACAACAAACUACAUCAUUUGGUAAUCCACCUAUUUCUCAAGCUCCUACUUCAUUUGGAUUUGGUCAAGCUCCUCCACAACCAAUUGCCUCUAAUCCAUUUGGAUUUGGUCAACCUCAACCUCAACCUCAACCUCAACCUCAAUUCCAACAACAGCAACAACCUCAACCACAAGCUGCAUUUGCUACAGGAUUCGGACAACCUCAACCACAGCCAACAUUUGUUAAUGGAUUUGGACAGCCAUCUUAUCAAACGGGAUUUAACCAAUUUCCUGCUCAACAAACUCAACAGCCUGGUUUUAAUCAACCAGAUGUUAAUCAAUUGAAUAAUAUGUUCCAACAAACAAGUAUUAAUCCUGCACAAGCACAAUUUCCCAAUACUUCAUUUGGUCAACAACCACAAUUUGAAGGAUUUGGUGGACAACCAUUACAAAAUCAACCUACUGGUGUAGGAUUUGGUAAUGCACCUUUACAAUCUCAACAAACAGGUGGUAGAAGGGCAAACUUACUGGCAGCCACUCCUGAUAAUCCAUUUGGUUUUUAACCUAAUUUUCUCUAACUACUUUACUUACACUUUACUAUUAUAACUAUACAAAAAAGAAAAUGUUUAGAUAGCAUCUGUACUAAUGAACUCGAACUCAUACUCGUCAUACUACAUAUAAUAUUUCUUAUUCAUUCUUGCCUUAUAUUAUUAUUAAUUACUAAAAAUAUUUCCAAUAUAUAUGAAUUUAACUUUUCCCUGUUGCAUGUGUAAUGCGUAAUGCGUAAUGUAUAAUGUGUAAUGUGUAAUGUGUAAUGCGUAACUUGGUAUACCUCGAAAUGUGGGAAUUUCUUUUGUACUAUACCCCCCUUUUUGAUAAAGGGAAAUGGCAGCCAAAUUGGUGAUACAUACUCACUACUUUUUAUUUACUUCUCUAUUGAUCCCC